GAUUGAGCAGCUCCUAGGGGCUUGAGUCGAUUUAUUUGAAGGGUCGCCUUGAUCACCGAACUGCUGAUUGAUCUUUCGUAUACCUCCACAUUAAAUUCCAAGCAGCGUAUAAUAAUAAUAACUAUAUAGGAGUAUAUACAUACAAUGAUACAAGUUUAUUAAUCAUGAAUAUAAAUACUGGAGGUGGUGCAUAUAUGUUGGACAGAUCAUCAUCAAGACCAGCUAGAUAUAUAUCAUACGUUGUGUAUAUACAAAACAAUAUAUACAAUGUUCAAACUCGAUUUGAUGCCAGCGGGUGGAGGAAAGUCAUGGGAUGAUGGAGGUUGUGGUCAGGUUGCUGCAAUCCUCAUUUCCUAUUCUGCUUUUGCCAUUCACUCUCUACGUUUCCUUUAUUUCAAGGACGGAUCUUACAAUCUUUCUGAAAAUCACGGUAGACUUUCUGGCAGCUCACAGAUGAUCAGACUAGACUGCCCAACAGAGUUCCUCACUGAGGUGCAUGGCUUUCGGAGCAUCGCUUUUGGGUCAGGUAGUGAUGAAUUGUCGUCGAUAACAUUUGUGACUAACAAAUCCACAUAUGGACCCUUCGGGAAAAGCAACCCGUCGUCCGGUGACAGCGACUUCAAAUUCCGAUUGCGCAGUCGCGGCGAUUCUAUUAAUGGCUUUCACGGAACAAUUAACAAUCUAUCAUGGUUUUGUCGGAAGCAUUGGUAUUUAUUUACAGAUCUCAAGCCGCUUCAUCUCUAAAAUUAUCGUUCACAUGCGUGAGGCUAUUACGAUGUUAUUCGACGGAUGUGAUGAAAAAUUGAAAACAAAAUGAUUUCAUGAUUUGUUUCAUCAUUUAUUCAUAUUUGAACUGUUUUAUUAUUCCAAAAAAGAGUACAAAAAUAUACUCCCUCCGUCCCCUUUUAAAUGUCCGGGAAGAGGGUGACAUGAGUUUUAAGAAAAGUGUGUUUGUGUGGAUGAUAUUUCUUGAUAAAUUAAGAAUAAAGUAAGAAUAAAGUAAAAAUGAUUUUGACCCACACAAACUUUAUCAAAUAAGGUAUGAGACAAUUAAAUAGGAACAUCCCAAUAUGAUAAAAUGGGACAUUUAAAAGGAAUGGAGGGAGUAAAUACAUAUCAAACUUAUUCGUCUUUAUCUAAAUGUGUGAAGCUCUAUCACAAACUUUUUCAUGAUCAGAAACUUCAUUCUCCUGUAUUCAUUCAUGUGAAGCUCUAUCACAAACUUUUACUAUUACAAGCUCUAUCACAAUUUUUUUUAAUGAGAAACUUCAUUCUCCUGUAGUAGAAUUCAUUACUUUUAUAAGUUACAAA